AUGGCCCAGAGCCACAUCUUGCCCGUGGUACACGCUCUCGGGGACCACACGCUGAGAGCUUCAAGGGCAGGGCACAGGAGCCCUCGCCAGGAUGAUCAAAGCGGCAGCCAACCCAGCGGGAAAACAUGCAACAUCACCCUCGUGACCAGGGCUUUUGAUCUGGGAAGGUCGGAGCGGAUUGGGAACAUUUGCUCAUCAUUCCUCUCCCUUUGCUGUGCAGCGCGGAACUGUCUCCAAGUCUCAGAUCCCGUAAUUAUACGUUGGACUGCGCGUGUCUUACAAGAUCUUUGCGGUACCCUGCGGAGGAACGGCGUCUGGGAUUCUGCCAGUUGCAGGGUUCUGCUGGCAGAGGAACAUGACAUGUGCAGCUCAGGGGUCAGGGAAUUUUACCUGGAGGAUCUUCAGGACCUACAGUCCUGGCCGGGCCUCCCAACCCUGCUGGCCAGCAGUGAAGACCACCGUCAACUCUGUGCAGGCCUGUUUUCCAAGGGUCUUCAUUCUAAAAUCAACCAUUGCUGCUGGGUGCAGCUGCCCAAGGGGGCACUGCGGGGCCCGAUGCUGCCCUCCAUCCAGAGGCCAGUGGCCGGCCUGCGCAAGGACACGCAGCAGGUGAACCCUCUGCAAAGCGAGGAGCAGGGCUGGGGCGGGCCGGGGGGCGCCUCUCGGCGCCCCUCCCCUGCCCGGCCGCAGAGCCCGGCCCCGCCCGGGCCCUGCUCGCCGCCCGCCCUGCGCCGCCACUGCGCAAGCCGGCUGCCGGCGAGGGGUAACCCUAAGGGGAAUGGGGUCGGAGGUCAGAGGUCAGCGGGCGCGGGGUCGCCGGCCGUGAGACCGGCCCCUCCACCCUCGGGGACUGCUGGCUGCGCAGCGUGGCCGGCCGGACCGCCCUACCGCGGACCGGGGCUGCCGGGGCGCCACGUGGUGCGCACGUGGUCCGGCCCCGGCGCGGCGGCUCCCCUCCCCCACAGCGCGAGCCGGGCCGCAGCGCCCUCUGGCGGCGCCGCGUUGCAUAUUGCGCGUGCGCACAACCGUCGCGAGACGCCUUCCGGUGGCGCGGCGGGGUCCCUUGCCCCCUCGCGACGGCUGCGUCGGGAUGUUCCGGGGCGGUGGGGCCGCCUGCCCAAUGUCGGGCGCGCGAGUGACAGGUGGAGGCCGGAUUUGUGCAGGUUCUUCAAGGCUCCAAAGGGAGGAGGGAGCCUCCGAGAGUCCACGUGGGGCCGCUGGAGUGCAGAUGUGAUCUCAGCUCACAGCAACCUCUGCCUCCUGGAUUCAAACGAUUCUCCUGCCUCAGCUUCCCAAGUAGCUGGGAUUACAGGCAUGCGCCACCACGCCCAGGGUUUGGCAAAUGGAUUCUGCAGAGUCAGAUGGCUGGAGUGCAGCGGCGUGAUCUCGGCUUAUUGCAACCUCCACCUCCUGGGUUCAAGCAGUUCUCCUGCCUCAGCCUCCCUAGUAGCUGGGAGUACAGCCAAUUCACCGAAAUUCCUGAAAGUUCAACAGUUGGCUCUCGUGAACAGCUCCAACUCAGCAUUAGUCUUAUCUGAGACCCCAACUUGGUCCACUGGAGACAGAGAUGCUCCUGCUGGCCUUGCAGAAGCAAACAGCAUGUUGUGAACAGCCCCUGGAGAGGACCCCAUGGCAGGGGACUAUAAGUGGCCUCCAGGACCUGAGGGCAGCCUCCAGCAGAAGGCCAGAAAGAAGCUGGGGCCCUCGGUCAUAUGGCCACAAGGAAAUGCAUGCUGCCAGCAGGCUGAGUGACCUUAGGAGAGGAUUCUUGCCCAGUUGAGGCUCUGGAUGAGAAUGCAGCCCAACUCAACCUGGAUUACAGCCAUGAGAGGCUCUGAGCAGAGGACCCAGCUGAGCUGUGCCCAGAUUCCUGCCCCAGGGAGACCGUGUGGUACUAAAUGGAUGUUGGUUUAAGCUGCUAAACUUGUGGUCAUUUGUUACACAGCAAUAGCAAACAAAUACAUAAUUAU